AUGAACCUACCGUUGGAGAUCCAGAUGAAGCUCCUUCACAUGGUGCCGCAAUCGAAUCUCAAGUACGUCAACUCCCAUUUCUACAUUCUAUAUAAUGACUUGUUUUACCACAAGAUGAGACAUGCGUUUGGCGAUGACACUUUGGAGGUCGUCAUCAAGGUUCUACCUUGGUUGAAGCCCUAUAUCAAGUCAUUAGACUCCUUUAGAUAUGAAAAUAGAAUGAUUAUUGCCAACCGGUUGAAUUUGGUUGACGAUUUGGAUGUUGGUGAUGGCGAUGAGGCAUUAGAUGGAACAGACGGAAUAGAUGGAAGGUUGAAUGGAGCGAGUGGAGGAGUAAAUGGACUCAAUAAACUUGCAGGACUAGACAGAGUCGGUGGAGAGCUAGGCAAAGUGCAUCAAGAGCUGAAUCCGUUGAAUGUGCAAUUUAUCAAGGAUUCAUGGAAAUAUGUCUAUUCGAUAUUUAGAAACAAGAGACUAUUUGCCGAGUAUUCAGACUACAAGAUCGACGAACCGUCCAAUUACAUCUAUAACCAUUUUGUCGAGAUCAACAGAACCUAUCUCCUUAGCUACUCCAAGUACGUGUGGCUUGCUCCUGGAACCUACAAUUUGAACAUUGGCUUGGCAGUAAAACACGGCCAUGGGUUGGGCACAACAAAAUUUGAGAUCAAGUACAGAUUAGAUGACGAUGAUGCCGUGGAGAGCGAUAGCGAGGCGACAUCGAGUGCAGAACCACUACAGGAACCACUACAGGAACCACUACAGGAACCACAACAAGAGCAAGAACAGGAAGAGGCGAAAAUAGUGGUUAAGCUGUUUUAUCCACCCACAAACAUAAACGAAAUCCUACCCAAGAACCAAUUUUGCUUUUUAAAAAUUGGCUCAUUUGAAGUGCCAGCCAGGAAAAACGCCACGACCAAGUCCAAGAACAAGUUGCGCCGCGUCGAGAUCAAGAUGGAGGAGAUUGGCCUUUAUUUGAAAAGCGGAUUCCGCAUCUAUUUCAUCGAUAUAAGCCAGCCUUCGCUUCUUUACGAUGAGUUUGACUUGCUAUACUACACCAUCAAUGAAACCAACUAUAAACUAUUCAUCAACAUCUUGCUCAAGAACCUAUACAAGGCCAUCAACUUUGUCCAGAAUGGCGGGUGUUCGGACAACACCAGUAUUUCGUGCGCUCCCCAUGCAUAUGGCAAGGGCGACCCUUAUCAAAUAUGGAACCAAUACGACAAGUCCUUUUUGAAAGAGUACAACACGUCGCGUCCAGCGUCAAAGUCGGGUUCAUGCACUUCAAUGUCUUCACUCGUAUCAUCGUCGUUGUCGCACUCUUCUUCCACGUCAUUGAACCAGCAACACCAGCAUGUCCAUUUCCACUAUGAUUUGCAGAAACUAGAGAACUACGCUCGAUUUUAUGUCAACUCGACUCGAAACACCAAGAGGUAUUUCAAAUUCAGCACGAUUUACCAGCAGCGGCAGUUUAUCAAUCGAUAUGGCGAUUAUGAUUUAGACUGGAAGGACGACUUGGGCGAAGAAGAACACGGUUUUAAGAAGAUUAGCGAGAUUGACGAAGAUGGCAAUGAACGGCAGAAGCAAAACUCGCAACAAGGCAAUGGAUCUGGCGAGAGUUUGAUGCUUGGUAUGGGUCUCAAUGCGAUUGACGAAGAAGAGGCCAGCACCCCGCGGUUGAGUAUGGAAGUUGCCGGUAGCAAAAAGAGAAGAUUGUCCAAGAGACGAUGCCGGUACGACCGACACGGGUUGAAGUGGAAGAUACCGAUAAUUGGAGAGUUGUAG